AUGGCUUUGAACGAUAUCCUGGAAGGAAAACGCCCGAAUGAACAGAGUUGCAAGUGGCCACAUAUCAAUCUGGAAGAUUUAGCCCACAAGGAGACUUUUCUGACCUUUCUGAAAAGCCGAGUCCAAGAAAGCCCUUCCACAUAUUACUUCACAGACAAAGAGUCAUGGAAAAUAGGAGCCUGGACCAACGUGAUCACAACGCCAUUUUUGUAUGGAUAUGCCAUUAUUUUCAUAUCAAAAGACUCUGUCCAGGAUUACGGCGAAAUGUUCAAAGUCAAUACCGAGAAAGAAAAGUGGCUGGUCACAACUGGGCGAGCCUCGUAUAUAUAUGAAGGCUUGAUGAUCAUGGAGAUCCAGGCGCGCAUUUAUCAAUUCUUGGUCAAUUGCUGUCCUGAGCUCCUGCCCCAUAACCGAAAAGAUUGGGAUAAAGCUAAUGUUGCAGCUGGGCAUAAGCUUGCCAAUUCUACCAAGCAACCGAACCCAUGGGCAGAGAUCAGGAUGACCGAAAGAAUGGCUCUCGCCCCAUAUUCCCGACCUGGCCAGCUGGACAUCGAUCAACUUGUGGACCUCAUUCAAGCAAGAAAGUCCCUGGCUGACUAUGAAGUGCAACUGCUCAGAGAGAACCCGGGGCACUUUGCGCGCAAGUUGGCAGAAUACGUAGAGCACCAGCCCGAGCAAUUGCUGACAUGUGCGAAUCCACGACCGGAGACUCUCAAUGAUCUCAAGAAAAGUUCCGAGUUGAAGACACUCAAAUUCUGGGACGGGACGAUCCGCGCGUUACUGACAAUCAACUUUCAUGCGGUCCUAUUGUGGCACGACAUUUGCGAAAGUUUCGAGGCUCUACGAGCUCUCCUCCGUGAGCAUCAGGCGGCUCUCGAUCCUAACGCAGACCUACCGAAAGUACUAGAGGAGUCAUUUGCUGAAUUGCAUCUCAAGCUUGCUCAUUACAUGAACGAAGCUGGCGUGCCCUUGAUGGAAUUCGUGUCUUAA